AUGUUAGUUGCUACAUUUGAACUCGAUUUACCAUAUCCAGUGCCCUUAUUUUCCUCGCUAUCAGCUUGGUUUUUCGAGAUAUCAGUAUCAUUAUUACCCAACACCGAGAAACUCGAUUUUGCUUGACAACUGGCUGCAAAUGGGAAUUGAUAGCCCAAAUUAGGUGUUUCCCCAUUGACUGGGCUUACGAGUUUAUCAUAGCCUCCGUUAGAAUCUAUUUUUGAAUUGGAGACACCAUGUUCAAUGAUGCUGUCAUUUUCACUGACUGAAUCAUCAUACGCAAGGUGCAGUACAUCAUUGCUUUUAAUGUGUCCUGCUUCUGUUGAGCAAAAUUUGUUCUUAUGCACGCCACGGUCAUUAAAUUUUUUGUUAUUGCUCUGAGAACUUUCUCUCACCCACUCGCCAAGUCUACCUUGUAACAGAGUCGCUUCUGAUACCAUAGUCGACGUAAAAGCGCUCUUACCAUCACCUAGUACUAAAUUGGACUUCACCUGAUAAUUUGACGCACCUGGGAAAGGAAAAUCAAAAUUUGCCGUUUCCCUGGUGUCUAGAAUUAGAGUAUACACGUGUAGCAAAUUUUGUUCUCUAACCAUGGUGAUGACAAUAUCAAACCCUGAAACAUGAACCCUCUUUUUUAAGGGUUCAUUAAAACCGAUCAGUUAGUCAGUCAGGGGAAGUUUUUUAGUUGGAAGUCAUGCCCAAGUGAUUCUAGCUCUUUCAUAUACACAGCAAAGAUCGUGUUUCCAGAUGACAAAUUCCCAAAAAAAUACGGCUUAAAGUCUUGCAGUUUAUUGAACACUGUAGAAUAAAGGUAUGUAUAGCACUCAUCUUUUAAGGCUUUAAUUGUUUGCGCGUCAGUUUCCGAGUGUUUUUGUCAAACAUGACAAUACCCACAGUCACAAAGUCAACUACAUGUCUUAGAGCAAACGAUAACUUUUAUUGUGAACUGAAAAGAACCAACCUUUAACAAUUACCUCUUUGUCUUUUCUGCUGGUGCUUUUUUGCAACGUGCCAAACAUUGAACUGCUGUUGCACAUGUGGAAAAUUCUUUUUCAUGUCUGUCCAUAUACGGACAUAUCUGUGGCAACUAGUUUAGGAUGGCUCCUCUAUUGUGAAUAAUCUCAAUACACCUUUUGUAACCCUCUCUUUUCAUUGCAUUGCUGUUGGUCACCUCACUAAGCUGGACGAUUUGAAAGUCAACAAUCUUGUUACUAAGUUGAUCAAUUACGGGUACGUCCUAUGUUAAGCACUGUGUCUAGGACUGUAACAUCUACCAUCUCCAGACAGCCAGAGGUCUUCAAUUUGAAACUCACUGAAAAUAGAAAUUCGUUCUGCCUCCCAAGCCUCAUUAGUAACAGGAAAUAAGUUUAUCUUUUAAAUGUUGCAAAUUGCCUUUUGCCUGAAAUUUUCAAGUUCAGCAUUUCAGUUAAAAAUGCUAUUUUGAGCAUGUUGCUCCACUUAGUGGAAUUGCUGAAGGUAGUAAUAAAUUUCUAGCCGCCAUCCCUUUGAGCUUGGGUAACUUGUUCCAUAAAUACUUGGAGUUUGGUGUCAUUUUGGGAAUUUUUAGCUUUAAACUUUGAUGAUGAUGCCAUUGAAACUUUUUCCUUUUCAUCAUCAUCACUUAUCAUUUUUAGAUAGGAUGCAAGAUGGGCCUUUGUGAGUGGAUACAUUUCAAUACUCUUAUGUUCACUGCAGGUUCUUUAGUGUUAAGGAACAAAGUUUCCCUUUCAAAAAGGUCUGGUUCAGUGUAUGUGUCCUUUUCACAAAGACCAAAGGAGUCAGGUGUUUGGAUACCCACUGAUUUCAGGAAAAGACUCCUCAAGUGUUAACUUGACAUCCAAAAUUGUGUCUCUGUAGGCGAGCUAGUAGGAGCCUAUAUAAUCUCUACACUCUCAGAUUUCUCAAGAACGUGAGUACUAGUGCUGGCCAUUUGGUUAAAUGCACUUUGAAGUACUAUGUCCUCUAAAAGCCGUAGGUAGAGAAGGGUGGGAGGAUGACUCAUUACUACGGGCAGGCUUGAACACUCUGUCUGUCACGAGCAUGUUUAAACAGAGUGUUGAAGCCUGCAAGCCACCAGACCAGUGGAAAAUAGCUAGAGUCAGUGCAGCAUUCAAAUAA